AUGGCGGCAAACGGCCUUCGCAACGUCGCCGUUGAUCGGGCCGGGGCAGCUGCCAACAGUGAGUUCCGAGGUUUUCGUUGGAUUCCGCUGAUUUCUUAUACUUAGUUUGGCCGACAGAGAAUUGAAAAAUCCUGACCUACGAGCUUUUACAGCUCAGACAAGCUGAAAAUAAGAACCCUGAUUUUCAAAAUUUACGAGGAGCGCUAGCUGAGCUCAAAUGGAGCCCUUAAACAGAACGUUCACACCAAAAAAAGGUUAGAAAUCAGAUUUUUGCCUUGUGUGAAUCCGCAAAUAUCCCUUUUUUAUAGAGCCCGAAAGGUCAUUUUUCAAAACUUUAUAAGGUUAACAGAGCCUUUUUUCCUUCAAAAAGGUGAAAAAUAUUUGAAAAUAUUCCUUGUUUCGAACUAUAUCUAUCAAGGCUUCUUAUAGCUAUUUUUCAAUAGUUACAUUCUUGAAAAUUAUUCUAGUACCAAAAAAUUCAGAGCUCAUUCCCGAGUGAUUUCAAAGGCUUCGAAGAAAUUCCAAAAAAUUACGAUUUAUCUAUCCUGUACUACAACCUCAAACAUAGCUUUUUAAGACAAUUGCACUUUAAAAACUAUAAAAAAAAGUAACAGAAGCUCACUUUUUGCCGGAUUCAAAAGUUUCAGAGCUUUCCAGUACGGCUACCAAAAGCAGAUCAAACAAAGAAGCGUUGCAAAAAAAGGCGACAAAAAAGUAACGGAGCGGCGGGAGAGAGUUGAGCCGGUCAGAAGUGAAGCGUUGCGUUGCGCCGGUCGGAAACAAGGCCCAAAGGUUCGGCGCCGACGCCGCAAGCAGCAGAUUUGGGUGACACGGACCGUUGCACACAAGCACACACACACAUACAGAUACACACAGGAGGAGAUUCCGACGGGUUGUGGCCCAUCAACCUGGACACACGGCCGUCAAAACGGUACCGGCUAUCUGGAGGAGACUGAUCGAGGUGGAUUCCUAGUCAAGGUCCAAAGAGUUGUGGAGUUUGUCUUUGAAGCACCUCUUGGAACUCAUGCAGAGAAGACAAAUUAA